AUGUUUCAUUUGUGCUUCCUUGUUUUCUUUCUUUCGUUUCCCAUUUUUAUUUUCCCAUUUUUUAUUUUCCCAUUUUUUAUUUUCCUAUGGUUUAUUUUUGCUUGCUUUUUUCUUUCAUUUUUUUUCGCAUUUUUAUUUUCCCAUUUUAUAUUUUACCAUCGUUCAUUUUUGCUUGCUUGUUUUCUUUCUUUUCCCAUUUUUUUAUUUUCCCAUAGUUCAUUAGUGCUAGCUUGUUUUCUUUUUUUGCCAUUUUUAUUUUCCCAUUUUUUAUUUUCCCAUGGUUCAUUUUUGCUUCCUUGUUUUCUUUCUUUCGUUUCACAUUUUUAUUUUCACAUUUUUUAUUUUCCUAUGGUUUAUUUUUGCUUGCUUGUUUUCUUCCUUUUUCCAUUAUUAUUUUUCUCUUUUUUCUUUUCCCAUGGUUCAUUUGUGCUUGCUUGUUUUCUUUCUUCUUUUCACAUUUUUAUUUUCCCAUUUUUUAUUUCACCAUGGUUCAUUCGUGCUUGCUUCUUUUCUUUCUUUUCACAUUUUUAUUUUUCCAUGGUUCAUUUUUGCUUGCUUGUUUUCUUUCUCUUGUUUCACAUUUUUAUUUUCCUAUUUUUGUAUUUUCCCAUGAUUCAUUUCUUCUUCCUUGUUUUCUUUCUUUCUUUUCCCAUUUUUAUUUUCCCAUUUUUUUAUUUUCCCAAGAUUCAUUUUUGCUUGCUUGUUUUCUUCCUUCUUUUCACAUUUUUAUUUUCCCAUUUUUUAUUUUUCCAUGGUUCAUUUUUGGUUGCUUGUUUUCUUUAUUUCUUUUCCCAUUUUUAUUUUCCCAUUCUUUAUUUCUCCAUGUUUCAUUUGCGCUUCCUUGUUUUCUUUCUUUCGUUUCACAAUUUUGUUUUCCCAUUUUUUAUUUUUCCAUGGUUCAUUUGUGCUUCUUGUUUUCUUUCUUUCUUUUCCCAUUUUUAUUUUCCCAUUUUCUAUUUCACCAUGGUUCAUUUUUGCUUGCUUGUUUUCUUUUUUUUCUGA